AUGUCUGCACCACCUGCCGGAGGCGUCACUGAGCGCAUGAUCAUCCCCGUUAAGGGUACUAAGGAGGACUGGAAGGAACCUCUCAAGACCUACCUCCUCGCCCUGAAGACCCAAGACGGCUACCUUCGCACACGAUGGGGACCUUGGUCCGAGAACGAGCAGGUUCUUGAUCUCAUUUCUGGCUGGAAGUCAAAGGAGUCCCGCGACAGCUUCUUCGCGUCUUCUGAGUGUGCAAAGGCAAUGGAGGAAUUCAAGACAGUCAUGACCGGCCCAGUCAAGUCGUACUUCAUCAAGUUCGUCCCGUACGCACCCAGAGCCGCCAUCGACUCUCCCAUCGCCGAGACUAUCACAAUUAGCGGCUCCACCAUGUCUGAGGACGACAUGCGAGCUCAGUUCGAGAAGGUCCGCGGCAUGGAUGGCUUCAACGAUUUUGCCAGCGGUUUCUCUACCGAAGAGGUUGAUGGCGGUGGCAAGGUCUUCGUCGCGGCUCUGGGAUGGGAGAGUCUGGAAAAGAGCAGAGCCGCAGACAAGUCUGUCUACAUUCCUGCCAGCGGCAAGGUUGAGUCUCACCACGUCAACUUCCACUACCCCAUUAAGGGCUUCUCUGUUACCAACACCCACUAG